AGGCCGCCACAUUGUUCGACCAGAACGACACGAUCCAAAAGGGCGGCAGGGCCUGUUCGUCUCCUAGAUCGAGAGGCAUCUUUGGUUCCUUGCAAACCGGAGCAAGAUGGGAAGGUCAUCCAUGGCUGGGCCGGCGAUGCUUCUGCUGCUCUGCACAGUGUGCAGACUGGCGCUCGGAAUUACUGACGGGCUGCUCCCGAACGGCAACUUCGAGCGCGGGCCGGUGCCGUCGCAGCUGCGGGGGACGCGGGUGCUGGGCUCGUCGGCGAUCCCGUCGUGGCAGACGUCGGGGUUCGUGGAGUACAUCCCGUCGGGGAAGAAGCAGGGGGACAUGCUGCUGGUGGUGCCGGAGGGCGCCUACGCCGUGCGGCUCGGGAACGAGGCGUCGAUCCGACAGCGGCUCCGCGGCGCCGCCCGCGGCGCGCGCUACUCGCUGACGUUCAGCGCGGCGCGGACGUGCGCGCAGGCGGAGCAGCUCAACGUGUCGGCGUCCGGGCAGUCGGGCCUGCUGGCCAUGCAGACCAUGUACAGCAGCAACGGGUGGGACUCGUACGCCUGGGCCUGGGUCGCCGACGCUGGCGAGGUCGACGUCGUCAUCCACAACCCCGGCGUCACCGAGGACCCCGCCUGCGGCCCGCUCAUCGACUCCGUCGCCAUCAAGACGCUCAACCCGCCGCGCCGCACGAACAGGAACCUGGUGAAGAACGGCGACUUCGAGGAGGGCCCGUACAUCAUCCCGGGGACCAGGUGGGGCGUGCUGAUCCCGUCGCGCGUGGUGGACGACCACUCGCCGCUGCCCGGGUGGAUGGUGGAGUCGCUCAAGGCCGUCAAGUACAUCGACGGCGGCAGCUUCGCGGUGCCGCGGGGGCGGCGCGCCGUGGAGCUGCUGGCGGGGAGGGAGAGCGCGGUGGCGCAGGUGAUCCGCACCGUGCCGGGGCGGCGCUACGCGCUGUCCUUCACGGUGGGGGACGCCGGCAACGCCUGCCGCGGGUCGCUCAUGGUGGAGGCCUACGCGGGGCGGGAGUCCACCAAGGUGGCGUACGAGUCGGCGGGGAAGGGCGGCGUGAAGCGCGCCGUGCUGCCGUUCCGCGCUGCCUCCGCGCGCACGCGCAUCGUCUUCUUCAGCUCCUUCUACAGCACCAGGAGCGACGACCUCAGCUCGCUCUGCGGGCCCGUCCUCGACGACGUCGCCGUCGUCAGCGUGCGGGCGAAGCGCGGCUAGACACCAAGCAAGCCGGACCGAGGAGUCGUUCUUCUUGCUGUAAGCCUGUAAUGCUGUUGUUAUGGCGGUUAUACUUGCCGGCAGCCUGUGUUAGCUGGCUGCUCGUUGGACGAUAAAAAAAAAUGUUCGAAACUAGGAGGUUCUCAAAUUAUAAAUGGCCCUUCUUGUGUUCCAUACUUCA